AUGAAGGCCCUCGUGUAUAGCGCCGCCAACUCCGUGUCUAUCCAGCAAAAGCCAGACCCUACAAUUUUAUCACCUAGCGAUGCCAUCAUUAAGCUCACCAAAACGACCAUCUGUGGUACGGAUCUACACAUCCUAAAGGGCGAUGUUGCAACGUGCCAAACUGGACGAAUUCUCGGUCACGAAGGAAUUGGAGUAGUUUCCUUGACGGGACCGUCUGUAUCCCGCUUUUCUCCAGGUGACCGCGUGCUUAUUUCAUGCAUCUCAAGCUGUGCCGCCUGCGAAUACUGUCGUAGGGGCAUGUAUAGCCAUUGCACAUCCGGCGGCUGGAUCCUAGGCAACACUAUUGACGGCACGCAGGCGCAAUAUGCGCGAAUUCCCCACGCAGACUCUAGCCUUUACAAGAUCCCUGCCGGGGUGGACGAUGCGGCCUUGGUGAUGCUUAGUGACGUUCUCCCCACAGGUCUCGAAUGUGGUGUCCAGAACGGCAGAGUCCAGCCUGGCUCGACCGUCGCCGUGGUGGGAGCAGGACCUGUGGGCUUGGCGGCGCUGAUGGCGGCGCAGAUGUACUCACCAUCCAAGAUUAUUGUCCUUGAUGUAGAUGACAAGAGACUGGAGACGGCAAGGGAACUUGGUGCGACCGCCGCUGUUAACAGCAAGGCUGAGGAUGCAGUUGCGCGUGUAAAGCAGCUGACAGACGGCAAGGGGUGUGAUGCUGUGAUCGAGGCGGUUGGAAUACCGGCGACGUUUGCGCUAUGUCAGGAACUACUCGCCCCUGGAGGAGUGCUUGCCAAUGUCGGUGUCCACGGAAGCAAAGUCGAUCUUUGCUUGGACCGUCUGUGGGACAAGAAUAUCACCAUCACAACAAGACUAGUCGACACAGCAUCGACGCCUAUGCUGCUGAAUAUGGUAGAGUCGGGGAAGCUCAAAGCGGCGCGCUUGGUUACACAUCGCUUCAAGUUUGAUCAGAUGGAAGAAGCAUACAAGGCUUUCGGCCAGGCAAACCAGACUGGGUCUCUGAAAGUGUUGAUCGAUAUGGAGUGA